AUGCUGAAGCUGAAAGAGUUUAACUGCGAGAAUAGGAUUAAAACCAAAGCAAGAACACUGCUUGGCAUUGAUCAGCUUGAUAAACUCAUAAGGAUCAGUUACGCAAAAAUUCCAAUUGAACAGUUCGAUUUUGCCGCUGCGGCGAAACUAUUUUUAGAAGGAAAGAGUAAAAGAAUAUAAAAUUGAAACAAUAACGAUUAUAACGUUAUCAAAACUUACCUUGUGUCAGUACUAAUGUAGUACAACUGUGCAAGAUUGUUUUCUUGCCAGUUUAAUAAAUGUUUUUUUUUAUUGGCCAAUAUAUGUGGCAUAACAAAAUAAUAAACGUUAUUAGCAACUGAAAGCGUUCGUUAAAUGUUGAGAAAAGAGAAUAUAACUAUAUAAGACUAUUAAAACAUUAAGAAAUAAGACUCUUAUUAAUUUUUUAAUUCUUUUAAAUCAAUUACUGUAAUGUAUAAAGUUGCAAUAUGAUUCUUCUACAGUCUUAAUGAUUUAUUUUACAUAAUACACUUUUUAAAAUUAUGAUUUAAAACCUCUAAAUUCUGCUCAACGUGUUCUCGAGAUGUCUGAGUACCUAUAAAGACUAUAAUUAGAUCCCCCAGACAAGGUACGGUAUGUGUCGUCACUAUUCCUUCAAAAAUUGAAUGCCAGAAUCCUGGCUAAAAGCCUGGAUACAACUCCCACAGUUGGAACCACAUCCAGGCCUAAGCAACCUGUUUCCAAUGUCCCACCUGUUACAUCUGACAGUGAUCCACUGCAUGGUGUGAAAAUCCCAUGCUUUGUGAUCAAAUCACCUGAGUUGCAAGAGACCUACCUAAGAGCUGCGUGCCAUUCAGCACAGCAGAGAUUGGAUCACUUAUAUCCUUUCUGUAUUAUUGACUGGCAUACAAAGAGAAGUUUUUUGAAGGUACAGUAUGCUAACCAGUUUCAAUGAGGGGGACAAUGGAGAGUGGGUGUUUCUAUUUUAUAACAACAGUAGUCCAGUAGGUACUGUAGAUUCACUGAUGUGAUUGUUGUGGCUAUUGUUCAUAGCCAAAUGUUACUCCAAAAAAGGUUAGAGGUUAUACAAAUGUGCCUAAAAAGUAAAUUAAAUCUUUGUGAUUAAAUUGGAAUUUUUAUUUACAUCCUAGACACACAUGUUACAAUCUCUAGCCUUUAUUAUAUCCAUCUGUAGCCAACCUUGAUAACACAGUUUUGUGUUACUCCAAUAAAAUAAGGUUUAUCCCCAUAAAAUGUACAAUAAGGUUAUCUAUUUGUUUAGACAAUUUUCAAAAAACUGUACAAGAAUUCUGGAAGAGAAAAGGGGACACUUCGCUUCUUCAGAGAGAAGUUAAAUCGCAGAAAUGGGACUGUUGACGACAAACACUUUGAGGACUGUGAGAAGCUGUUCAUCAGUGUUGGUAAGUGCUUUGUUAUUAAAGCCCUAUUGGAAUUUUUCCAAAUGGAUGAUCCAAGGUGCAAAUCAACAGCGAACGGAACUCAUAGUGUUAACGUCUUCAACAAAGCCUACAGGAAGACCUACAUCAAGGAUAUUCUGGACCAGUUCCUUGAUGACUUUAUUUUUCAUGAUGAAAAUAAGAAGGUGGCAGAUGGUGUUUGGUGCUAUGGUGUCAACACCACUAAGUCUUUCAUGGUGCUUGCAGAUUUUAAGAAUGCUGUUUCCCCUGGCAAUGGUGAAUACAUUUCGAUCCUAAGGAAGCAGCUGUUGACCCAUUUCUUUGCAAUGCCUGUAUUUAACAAAUUUGCAAUUCAAAUCAUAGACAGAUUUUGUAGGGGGGUCCAGGGGGUGCUACCCCCAAUAUUAGCUAUAAUCGCCCCAAACAAAAUGUCCACCCCUCCAAAAACCCCCCCCCCCCAAUAUUUGGCGUAAUAAAAAAUAAUCAAAUAGUCCACUCCAAUGUGCAGAGUGUUGAUGAUACAAAAUAAACGUAGGGGUACACUCAAAUAGAAAAAGACAGUGCAAUACUCUGAAACUAAUCGCUCCUCGCUUGCAUUCACUUAUUUAUUGGAGCAAUUGUAAAGUUUUGAAACUCUAUUAUCUCCCCUGAAUAGAGUUUUCAGUGCCUUGUCAUGCAAUAUAGCUUUUAAUUCUUUAGUUUUUAAUUCUUUUAGGAAAUAGACUUGCCUAGAUUUAAUCUUUAGCCCCCAAAUAUUAUUUACAUUGGAGUUGCAUCAUAAAUUGUACUCGGAUUCAAACGAUACAAUGUCAAUUACUUUAUAAAAGUAAAAGCAUAUUGUGUAUUGGCCUAUUGGGUUUACACUUUUACAGGUUCAUUUAACUUCAACUCCCUCAAGUCUCAACAGACAAUCGGACAUGCCAAAUCCAUUGAUAUGACAACUUCAAAAAACUUUUUUUCGAAGCUAGAAAUCAUGAUUUUUCUCAACUUUUUCCAGGGAUAAUUUGUUUUCUGCUCUCUAGACUCCCCUUCGCUGCUCUAGUGCUCCACCCCUAGAAUAUAGACCUUACUGGGGUUUGGUGACACUUUGUGUUGCUUCAGUCACCUGCUCACAGCUCACCCCCCUAAAAUUUCUGGCACCACCCCAGUAAAAAAUAUGAAAAUCUGUCUAUGAUUCAAAUGCUGAUCAACAUCCUCCAGUGUGAGGUGUUAUUGUCGGAAGCAGAGGCUCAUCACUGGAAGUGGGCUACCACAGUUUGACAGUUAACUGGAACGGUGGUGUUGGUUGCAACAUUGAGAUAGACCUCUUUCAGCAAAACAGAAACUGCGAGAUGAAGAAGUUGAUCAGGUCGAUGGGUGCCUACAAGACAGAGAAAGCGAUUGAGAGAGCAAGCAAAGCAUCUGGAGAUGUCUCAAAGUUUGUGUAA